UGUUUACUUCCGGUACAUGUGCAUGGAGGGCGAAUGAGUGUUUUGUAACUUUGACAUUGGCUCGCCAUUCGAUAAGAUGCGUUUGCUUAAAUUAAGCUCCGUCCUGCGCCAAGGAUGUGUAAAGCAACUGAAACAGUUCCAAGCAGUAUCCUACUCCACAAGAAAACUUGGAGAAGUGCAAGAAGAUGUGAAGAUGAUCAGAAACAUUGGGAUCUCGGCUCACAUCGAUUCGGGAAAGACAACUCUCACAGAACGCCUUCUGUUUUACACAGGCAGACUAGCAGAAAUGCACGAGGUGAGGGGGAAGGAUGAGGUGGGCGCAAAGAUGGACUUCAUGGAGCUUGAGCGUCAGCGAGGCAUCACAAUCCAGUCCGCGGCCACUUACAUCAUGUGGAGAGACCACAACGUCAACAUCAUUGACACUCCAGGUCACGUGGACUUUACAGUAGAGGUGGAGCGAGCACUGCGUGUCCUGGAUGGCGCUGUGCUGGUGCUGUGUGGUGUCGGGGGCGUCCAGAGUCAGACGUACACCGUCAAUAGGCAGAUGAAGCGCUACAGUGUUCCCUGUCUGGCAUUCAUCAACAAGCUGGACAGGAUGGGGGCCAACCCACACCGAGUCCUCACACAGUUGAGGUCAAAGCUGAACCACAAUGCAGCAUUCAUCCAGCUGCCAAUCGGACUUGAGGCCAACCAGAAGGGAGUCGUUGAUCUCGUACACCAGAAAGCUAUAUAUUUUGGGGAUCCUCACGGAAUCAAUGUCUAUGAAGAUGAGAUUCCAGCAGAAAUGAGGGCGGAAUCAGCAGACCGCAGACAGGAGAUGAUCGAACACAUAGCUAACGUGGACGAGAAUCUGGGUGAGAUGUUUCUGCAGGAGAAGACACCGACGGAAGUUGAGAUACAGGCAGCUAUCAGACGGACCUGCAUCGCGCGGACGUUCACGCCGGUGCUUGUGGGGACAGCCCUGAAGAACAAGGGGGUGCAGCCCUUACUUGAUGCCGUCCUGCAGUACCUCCCCAACCCCUCCCAGGUCAACAACCACUGCCUCGACAACUCCCAGGGGAUAGAGAAAGCCGAGAAGCUGCUGAUGGACUCGGACAGAACUCACAACAAUCCCUUCAUUGGACUCGCAUUUAAACUGGAGGCCGGCCGAUUUGGUCAGUUGACGUACGUCCGAGUCUACCAGGGCGGCAUUAAGAAGGGGGACACCAUUGUCAACACACGGACACAGAAGAAGACCAAAGUAUCGCGGCUUGUCCGCAUGAAUGCUGAUGAGAUGGAGGAUAUAUCAGAAGCUUAUGCUGGAGACAUCUGUGCCUUGUUUGGUAUUGACUGUGCCAGUGGUGAUACCUUCGUAACCAAGGGCAACACACAUCUCUCUAUGGAGUCCAUGUUUGUGGCGGAACCGGUCAUCUCCAUGUCGAUCAAACCCCUCAAGCAGCAGGAUGUGGACAACUUCUCCAAGGGCAUCGCACGCUUCACGAAGGAGGACCCCACCUUCCGUGUACAGUGGGACAAUGACGUCAAGGAGACCAUCGCCUCCGGCAUGGGAGAACUACACCUCGAUGUCUAUGCUCAGAGGCUGGAGAGAGAAUACAAUGCAAAGUGUCAGCUUGGGAAACCUAAAGUUGCCUUCAGGGAAUCAUUGCUGGGUCAAGUGGAUUUUGACUACUUUCAUCGAAAGCAAAGUGGAGGUCAAGGUCAAUAUGGUCGGGUCAUAGGGGUUAUGGAGCCUCUACCCCCAGAGGAAAACACCAAGUUAGAGUUUGAAGAUGAGACGACAGGAACCAAUAUACCCAAGCAAUAUAUUCCUGCCAUUGAAAAGGGUUUCCGGAAGGCGUGUGAAAAGGGUGGACUGACUGGACAUAAAGUUGCUGGUGUCGUCUUCAGACUUAAAGAUGGUGCCCACCAUGCAGUAGAUUCCAGUGAACUUGCCUUCACGACGGCAGCGGAAAUGGCCGUUAAACAGAUGUUUGCGGACGGGAACUGGAUUAUUCUCGAGCCGGUCAUGAUGGUGGAGGUCAACGCCCCUGGCGAGUUCCAGGGGUCAGUCAUGGCAUCCCUCAGCAAGCGCCACGCCCUCAUCACAGGGACUGAUGCUAUAGAGGGGUACUUUACGCUGUAUUGUGAGGUUCCUCUGAACGAAAUGUUCGGCUAUGCGACGGAGCUGAGGUCGUUGACCCAGGGCAAGGGGGAGUUCACCAUGGAGUACAGCCGCUACUGCCCCGCCCUCCCCGAGACCCAGGAGGAGCUUCUGAUGGAGUACGAGCAAACCCAAGGGGGGCACGGGGACAAAAAGAAAAAACGGAACUGAGGACGUGGCCCUAGGAAAUGUGUAUAUACAUAUAUAUAUAUGUGAGUGUGAGAGUGGUAUGAUAGUGCAGAGACUGAGAUCACAGACUUUACACAAUGGUUGGCCAGACCAGAUGUGUGUUGGCGAAGGUUCACAGUAUUGUUGCAAGUAUUGUGUGUGAAGAGCUCAUUGAGACAGCUUUACGGGUGACGUACAGAAGUUCACCUGUUUUAUAUCUAUGCUGUUCUGUGUGGAGAAUCCUGGAUAUAGAAAACAGAUGAUGUCAUGUCAGGCAUUCACAGAUCAUUUCUUCCUUCCAGAAUCAACCCAAAUCACUUGUGAUCAAUACAUCUGGUGUAAAGUGAUCUAUGUUCAUGGCAUGAUGUGAAUGAAGUACAUGGACAGUGACAUGGGAUGGGAACAGUGGGAACAAGAGUCUGUCCGGGAUCUUAUCUUCAUGUUGGUCUAAACUGGUCGUUCGAAUUCUUUGAAUUCGGGGGGCACAGGUGGCCCAGGCGUCCAAGGCGCCGCGUUUCGCUGUGCAGAGUUGCGUCCCUUGGGCAGCCAGAAACCUAUGAUUGUGGGUUCGAAUCCCGGUUCGC